GUUUUACACUCCAUAAAUCAACAGUCAAACUAAAAAUGUUGUAUCCUCAACAAAGAAUAUUUAACUCAAUGUUUUUGAUGUUCUUCGUUAUUGUGCUUUCCAUAUUUUGGUUGCCAAUCAUAUCGGCCAGAAAUUUAGAAAACUCAAAGAGUGAAUUACGUGAAAAUGGCAUUAGUGGAUCUAGCUCUGGUAACGGUAAGAUGAACAGUCAAUACAACAACGGACCCGCAUCGGCAUAUUACACUGCCAAACACAACUUACGUUCAAUGCUUAUGGCACCCAAGGACUAUCAACAGAAAUUGCAUUCAAAAAUCCCACUCAAUAUCGACUUAAUGGACUUUCUUUUGGAAUAUGAGGAUGAAGACCGCUCCAAGCGUUUCGAUGAUUAUGGUCAUAUGAGAUUUGGUAAACGUGGUGGCGAGGAACAGUUUGACGAUUACGGUCACAUGCGCUUUGGCAGAAGUAUUUAAAUUAUUACGUCUUCUUAACAUUUAUUUGUUUCGCAUGAAUGUAGAAUUUAUUGAAGAAAGUAUAUUAUCUAUGUAUGUUUUUAUUAUUAGUUGGGGUCUUAUAACACAUCAGUCACACUAUAUGGAUUAAAUGUCAAAUAUUUAUAAAUGUUUUUAAACACUGUUUUGUAAAUAAUAAUUAAUUAUGCAUAAAAUACGUAUGUAUAUAAAAUUAAAUAAAAUAAAUUAAGUGCAUCCAAAAAUAUUUUGUUUAAUUUUAAAUAAAUGUAAUAAAAUAUAAUAAUAAUGAUGAUGGUGCACGUAAAAGGGUUAAUUACACCAACCCGUAAGAUAUGCAACAUAAAGAUAAAUCUUUUUUAAUAAGACCAAAUGUUCGAAAAAUCUAUAAGAUACUAUUAGGUACAAUC